AUGCCUGAACACUUUCACAAACUAGGACAUAUUGGAAUUAUCUCACGAUCUGGCACACUAACAUAUGAAGCGGUUUUUCAAACUACUGCCGUUAGCCUUGGACAGUCAACAUGUGUCGAAAUUAGUAGGGACACUUUCAAUGGAACAAAAUUUGUUUAUUGCAUAGAAAAGUUCCUUGCCAAUCAUCGGACAAAAAAUGGCACCAAAAAGCCCAUUGGUGCUUCCAUUGAGAGUUGUAAGCAUCACAUAUGGCAAGCUAUAAGAGCAUCAUCUACAUCGUCAUAUUAUCUAGAUGAUUACACUGGUGGUGUAUAUCGCUGGCAAGAUGGGGCUAUUGUAGCAAAUAAUCCUACUAAUUUUACUGUACGAGAAGCACAACUAUUGUGGCAUGAUGCUAAAAUUGAUUGCUUAGUUUCAAUAUGGUGCGGUCCAUUCCAACCAUAG